AUGGUUGUCAUCAAGAACGUCGCCGUCGUCGGAGCCUCCGGAGUAAUUGGAGCGCCGGUUCUCAAAGCAAUCAUCGACUCUGGAAAGUUCAACAUCGCUGUCCUGUCUCGUGUUGGCUCCAAAGCAACGUUCCCGUCCUCGGUCAAAGACAUCCCCGUCGAUUACACCUCAGUGCAGUCUCUUACCACGGCCCUCAAAGGUCAAGAUGCAGUCAUCUCAACUGUUGGAACUGAAGGUCUUCUCGGCCAGAGCGUGCUCUUUGAUGCGGCAGUCGCCGCAGGAGUAAAGCGUUUCCUGCCCUCUGAAUUCGGGUCUGAUUUCUCAAAUCCGAAGACAGCCAGCUUACCAAUCUUUGGUUACAAGGUUGCGACACGAAAGCACAUCGAAGAGAAAGUCAAGGCAGGCGCCGAUAUUACCUACACUUACGUCGUCAACGCGCCAUUCCUGGACUGGGGAAUUGAGGUCGGAUUUCUUCUCGACUACAAGGAAGGGAAGCCUCGUAUCUACGACGGCGGUGAUGUUCCAUUCAGUGCCACAACUCUCGCGUCUGUCGGACUGGCAACCGUGGGAGUUCUGACCAAUUACGACGAGACGAUAAACAGGCAAGUGAUGGUUCAUGAUAUCGUCGUCACCCAAAAUCAAUUGUUGGCCAUAGCAAAGAAGGUCGCACCAGAGAAGAAGUGGGUUCCCGUUCCGACCAAGACAUCUGAUAUGCUCGAGGCUGCCAAUGCCGCUCUAGCGAAAGGGGAUCUCUCACUGAUGUUUGAUUUCAUUAUUAAUGUUGAGAACCAGAUGUUGGGAGUUCCUGGCAAGACCGAGGCCGAUAUUGAGGCCAUAUACAAGAAGGUUUUGACUUAA